CGUGGUGGUCCGUGACCUUGACGGCGGUCUCGACGAGGAGUCGGUGACCGGACGCCGCGACGGGUCUGCUGCCGCCCGUCGCGGGCAGUCGGUCGGCGGCGUGGGGCAGGCUGGCUGUGCUCCCCAGCAUGGCCUGGUGGCUCAGGACGUCGCGGCGCCCCCUGCUGGCCGUCGGGCUGGCGUCCGCCCUGCUCUACGCCUGUCUGGUGGGCCUGCCGCGACCCAGCGCCAUCUUCAACAAUGGGUCGUUUUCCUCGCCAUGUCUGCCGGGGAUGGCGGUGAACGCACUGCCGCCCAUGUCAGAGGACGACAGUGGUUAUGCUCAGAGACCUGUUCACCUACAUCACUCAGCCCAACAAGAGAGCUUGCCGUAAAGUGGUCUCCUUCGGUGGCAAAGCGAUGGCCCGAGUGGACCUGGCCGCGGUGCUCGACGGCAACAAGGCCGCCUGCAUGGACCCGGAGUUGGGCCUGCCUUCAGCCGCGCCCUGCCUGGUCUACUCGCUCGGCAUCAACGACGAGUGGUCCUUCGACUGGGACAUGGAGGCGUUCGGCUGCAACGUGUUCGCCUUCGACCCGAGCAUGAACGCGACGGCCGGCGACCAGAACGGCACCAUCAGCUUCGCGCGGUACGGCGUGGGGGGCGAGGACGGCCGGCACCCGCGCCACCCCGACUGGCAGAUGCGCACGCUCGACACGCUCGCCGACGAGAUGGGGCACGCGCAGAGCACGAUCCACUACCUGAAGAUGGAUGUAGAGGGCUCGGAGUGGGAGGUGCUGCAGCAGCAAGUGGCGCGCGGCCGCGACUCGCUGCUGUUCAGGAGUGUGGAGCAGCUGGGCGCGGAGCUGCACUUCUACCCGCGCAGCGACACGGCGCCCGCGGAGCAGCACGUCCGCUUCCACCGGCAGGUGUACGCCUCGUUCCUAGGGCUGCAGGAAAUGGGGUUCUACCCGUUCUCGUACGAGGCGAACCCGAGCCAGGAAUCUGACGUCGUCAUUCCCGGCCUGGACAGGAAAAUAACGCCAGCCAUGGAGGUAGUGUGGCUGAAGACCAGGUGUGUGGACAAUGCUGGCGGUGACAGCAAAAGGGACCGUUCUCCCGGUUUGCGCUUCGUGUGGUGAGGAGGUCAGAUGCUCCCCGUUUGGU